ACGGACUAUACAUUUUAUACAUAAUCGUAGGAAAAAAAAUAUCUUAAUCAAUUGCAUUUUGGUAUACUCAUACACAUUGUACCUUAUGUGGGUGGAUAGGUAGUUUUAUAAUAAUAUUGUAUAUUUUUAAAUAGCAGGAAGUAGUAGUGUUAAGCGGAAUAAUUUUUCACACAAUGAUCUUGUAAGUUUGAUUCGUGGUGAUAAAAUAUUUCGUCCCACAAGUGUAAAAUCAAUUCUCAUUAUUCGUCUACACAUUUUUGUCGUCCAAUAAAAUUUUUGUAUGAAAAGGAAACAAUAGAAAGUACGAAGAGAGAAGUAAAUGCCAUCGAAUCAGAAUUGAAAAAUAUAUUUCCAACAGAUAUUUUAUUAGAAGACAAUAAUUUACUCAAAAUAAAACAUACUCUGAUAUUUUCGAUGGUUGAUGGAAAGGUAUGUAAUUCAAUACGAGUACAUCUAGCCAAUCGUGUUACAUAUGUGGAUGUAAACCUAAAAACUUUAAUGACAUCGAUAAAGUGAUAAAGAUACCGACAAACCCAGAUAAUUUUAAGUUUGGAUUGUCCACUCUUCACGCAUGGAUAAGAUUUUUAGAAUGUAUUUUACACAUAUCCUACCGGUUACCAUUUAAAACAUGGCAGGUAAGGUCGGAUUCAAAUAAAACUGUGAUGGAACACCGAAAAAAAGAAAUUCAGGGCCGAUUUAAAUCCGAAAUGGAUUUAUUAGUUGAUAUUGUACUACAAGGUCACGGUACAACAAAUGAUGGGAAUACAUCUCGAAGAUUUUUUAGGGAACCAGAGAAAUCAUCAGAUAUCACCGGGAUUGACAUAAACUUAAUAAAAAGAUUUUCAACCAUUUUAGUAGUUAUGGCAAGUGGAAAAGAAAUAGAUGUGGAUGCGUUUGAAAAUUAUGGAAUAGAGACAGCAAGACUCUUUGUUAAGCUAUACCCAUGGUACUACAUGCCAAGUAGUGUCCAUAAAAUCUUACUGCACGGGGCUGACGCGGCAACCUGUCGCGGCGACAGGUCGCGCAUUGGACACCAAUUACGUCACAACGGACGACAGUUCGCGUGCACGAUCCGCAACUAAUCUAUUUUAAGAAUAUUAAUACGUUAUGGUACAAAGGGCAAGGAACUUCUAGGAGUUUGCACGUUUUUCAAUAAUCAUUCAAAACAUAGCCAAGUAAUUAAGAAAUUUGUUUCAUGACCAUACAAGUUUAUACUUACAUUUGUAAUUGCGUAUUUUGCCUAUUUGUUAAUU